AUGAAACAUCUUGUAGCAGGAGGACUUGCGGGUGGAGUAUCGCGUACGGUAGUCAGUCCCAUGGAACGAAUGAAGAUUCUCUUCCAGAUCCAAGGACCUGAACCUGCGGCUUAUCAGGGCAUUGUGCCCACACUCACAAAAAUGUGGCGGGAGGAGGGUUUCAUGGGUUUCAUGCGGGGCAAUGGUACAAACGUUGUCAGAAUUGUGCCCUAUAGUGCAUCUCAAUUCGCAGCCUACGAAUAUUUCAAGGCUCUUUUAAUGGAGCCCGGAAAGACCGAGUUGGAUACCACCCGUCGUCUCACUGCAGGUGCUGGUGCUGGUGUAGUGUCUGUGGCUUCGACUUAUCCACUGGACAUCACGCGCACUCGUCUGUCUGUUCAAUCAGCCCGGAUCGGGAGUAGCAUGAGGGAUGGCGGUGGUGCAGCAGGAUCCAAGAAAUUGCCUGGCAUUAUCCCCACCAUGGUCAGCAUCUAUAAAAAUGAAGGUGGUAUCCGUGGUCUGUACCGAGGAUUAUGGCCUACAACAUUGGGAGUCGCUCCUUAUGUCGCACUCAACUUCCAAUGUUACGAGGUCUUGAAGAUCUACCUUAUUCCCCCGGAGGUCGACCAAUCUUCUGUGUCACGGAAGCUAUUGUGCGGUGCUCUUGCUGGUUCUAUCGCACAAACCAUCACAUAUCCUCUUGAUGUUUUACGUAGACGCAUGCAGGUCACUGGUAUGGCGUCUAUUGAAUACAAAUACACGGGCACAUGGGACGCCAUCAAAACCAUGGUCCAAAAGGAGGGUAUCCUGUCACUCUACAAAGGAAACAUGGCCAAUUACCUCAAAGUAGCACCAGCAAUUGGUGUCAGUUUUGUAACAUAUGAGUGGUGCAAAGACGCAAUGACCUACAACCGGUAG